UUGCCAAUCCAUCCAUCGGUGGCAAAUUCAGCAGCUUAAUUCUAGCCUUCUCCUUCUGAACGUGCAGUAGUGCACAUGGCCGCUUCCCCUUGCUUUUCGUUGGCUGCUCGCUGCAGCCUCUUGCUCACGGCAGCACUGGUCCUAGCGCUGAGCCACGGAGCCCAUGGUUAUGGCGGUGCCAGCGCCGGGUUGAGCUCGUCCUUCUACGACGACUCGUGCCCUAGUGCACGCGACAUUGUCCGGCGUGUCAUCCAAAACGCCCGCGUUGCCGACCCGCGCAUCCCAGCCAGCCUCAUCCGCCUUCACUUCCAUGAUUGCUUUGUUCAGGGCUGUGACGGCUCGCUUUUGCUGGACAACGACCUCCCGGCGAUCCAGACCGAGAAGGAGGUCCCUGCCAACGACCGGUCAGCGCACGGGUUUGAUGUGGUCGACAGCAUCAAGCAUGCGCUGGAGAAUGCGUGCCCUGGCAUCGUGUCCUGUGCCGACAUCCUCGCACUUGCCUCCGAGAUCUCAGUUGAGCUGGCUGGAGGGCCUCGCUGGAGUGUGCCGUUGGGCCGCCGUGAUGGCACGACCACCAAUGUUGAGAGCGCCAACAAUCUCCCAAGCCCCUUCGACUCUCUGCAGACGCUCCAGGAGAAGUUCAGAAACUUGGCCCUCGACGACACUGAUCUUGUCGCCCUCCAGGGAGCGCACACCUUUGGGCGGGCGCAAUGCCAAUUCACACAGCAGAACUGCAGUGCCGGGCAGGACGGGGAAACACUGGUGAACCUCGACACAGUCACCCCUGACGUCUUCGACAACAAGUACUAUGGCAACCUCUUGCACGGCCGCGCCCCUCUCCCUUCGGACCAGGUAAUGUUGUCCGACCCUGCCGCCGCCGCGACCACCGCGCCGAUCGUUCACAGGUUUUCUGGUAGCCAGAAGGACUUCUUCAAGAAUUUCGCGGCCUCGAUGGUCAAAAUGGGGAACAUAAGCCCGUUGACCGGAAGGGCCGGGGAGAUUAGGAACAACUGUCGGAGGGUGAACAAAAAACCCUAUUGAUGAAUGAGAUUGACAUUAUGAGUUGUGAACUCAUUGUCCUUGUGUAAAUCAUUCUUUUAAUUCAUUCUAACUGUAAAGGGUUCCUUCUAUUCUCUUUGGAAACAAAUGUAAAUGUUCUUUUUUUCUUUACUACAUGUGAUUGUCGCGAACCCAUUCUUUUCAUGCCAGCUGACUUGUUUUCAAUAAACAUAUAUUCAUAUCA